CAAUGAUUCAUAAAAUAACAAUGUGUGUUUAUAGUCAGUGAAAUGUUCCAUAAAAUAUUGUAUUUGAAUGGUGCCAUAUUGUAACCAUAUUGAUUUUCUAGUUUUAGCUGUUACCAAACUUUUUACUAAAACUUUCCUUAGGCCCACUUUCUUCUAUUCAGUGAAGUUCCAAGUGUGGGUAAUUUUGGUUUUUGUUCUUUAGAGAUUCCAGAAAGUGACAUGGUGCCUGGGACCAUUUUGGUGACAGAAGAAGAACUUAGUAGUUGUACUGAGGAUGUAUUUAAGGUCACUUUGCCAAGAGAUCUUACUAUGGAUUCUGGGGAAAUGGGAGAGGAAGAAGGCAAUUGCUAGCCUGAAAGGAAUUGCAGGCUUGGACAGAUCUGUGCCCUCUCUCCAGUCAUUUUGUCGCUUUGGAGUGACCAGUCAAGGUGGCAUUAUGUCACCAUCAGAGAGGCCAUUUGUGAGGAAGAUGAAGGUGAAGCCCUGUACCAGAAGGUGUCCUCAGAGCAGAGCCAGGUAGAGCACCUCAGGGACUUGCUGUCCCACUGCCCGGAGUGUGGUUUGGCAGGCGACUUCUUCAUCUUUUACUUGAAGGAGUUGAGUCUCGUGGCCGUGGAAGAUGAAGCAAAGUUAAAAACAAAGCCCUUCUCCAGCAGAAGCCUCUUGGAGGUAGAGCAGCACCAGGCUCUCCUUAUGGAAGGCCAGGAGCGGAAGCUGCUGGUCCUCCAGCUGAUGGCUGUUCUGAGGGAGAGAAUGAGCAGAUAUUCACAAACAUCACUCAGGUUGUGGACUUUGUACCAGCAACCCUGCAGCGAGCAUGUGCAAGCCUGGCCCAUCAGGCAGAGGGCACCGUGGAAUCACAGACACUGAGCAUAUCCGUGGGACUGGCGGCCGUCAUGCUGAGAGGAGCCGUGCAGAGUGAGCCCCAGAGACCAGCCCUGGACCAACGAUGCCCACAGUGCCCACAGGUGUCAUGAUGAUGGUCACAGUGCCUACAGUUGUCACAGUGAGGACCACAGUGCUGAAGACUGUCACCGUGGUGACCACAGUGACCAAUGUUGUCACAACCACGACUGCAAUGACAAUGGAUGUCACAGAGGAGGAGGCUACAGGGCCUGAGCUCAUCCCAGAGGGGCUCUCUGGGUAUCAGCCCUAACCUCUUAGGAUCUUUCUCCUCAGGAACAAGGGUCAGAAGCAAGCUUCCCAACAGUCCCCCAGCAGCCUCCCCGAUGGCACCUCUCUGGUUGGCCUCUCACGAGACGGCUCUUCCCCCAGCAGCACCUCCCCCACCUGAAGUGCCUCACCAGGCACCACCUCACCCAACCUCCCCAUUCAUCCUCACUGUCAACUUUCUCUGCUUGUUUUUGCCCAUCCUGGCCCUGCUCCUAUUCCUGUUGCUGCUCUGGUUCAUCUAUCGCCUGUGCUACAAGAAGACCAUCAAGGAGCCACCACCAACCCAGGAAAGAGCAAAGGAGCCUGAGGACACGUGUCCCAUGCAGACAUGCCCCACGGUGAUUGUCCCCUGUGGGUGCCAAGGAGGCCGGAUGAAACAGAUGGAGGGAAAACUGGAUCGUUUGUGUUACUUUGUUCAGCGCUGCAGCCAGGCACCAGUGAUGUGGUGCCCGCCCAGGGCCAUGGGGAGGUGCAUCAAUUGCGCCUUAAUGGAGCACCAGUGCAAGCAAAUGUUCUGCGGCCAAAACACCUGCCUUCCACCCAACCAGGAGAGCUUCCCCCUCAACAGCCGGUGCUCGCGUUCUCAGUGCUUUCCACCCAUUUGCUCUCAGCCAUCCUCCAGGUUGCCGCCACUGAUCUCUCCCCCUGCCCUGGAGCCCUGCAGAGCUACUUUGUCACUCCCACCCCCAUAGCCCAACACCCAAAACACCAAAAAUACAAAAUCGUUAGGAGCCCCUUUUGUACUGGUUUGGGCAUAUAUUUUGUGUCUUGGUUUAUAGUCAAAAGGAGUUGGAAUUUGCUGCUGAUCAGCAAGAGAGUUUGUUACGUAAUAAGCAUUGCUCCACUGUAUGAGAAGCAACUAUCCUGCUCCUUCCAGGACACAGCACCCCGGUGUCCUGUGGGUGUAGGUGUGAUGAGUCCAUUUCCCCACAGCUAGGUCCUUAUCUGUCACCAAGGGAUGAGAUGCUUGUGGUUUUACCCAAAAUAUGCUCUUUCAAAAAAGCCCAAAAUAUCUUUGAUGUUUGAAUACAAUCUGGUGUCCAUUACUCACUUGCUGUUACUUAAUCUCUUGGACAAUUUACUUAAUCUCCCAGUGCUUCAAUUUCCUCACUGAAAAGAUGUGGACAAUGGUAUCUCCUCUACAGGUUGCCUUGAGGGUGAUAAUUAACUGCUGCAACAUGCUCAGCACAGGGCAACGUUUCUGGUAAAGACUCAGGGGCCCCUUUGUUAAUGUCUUCCCUCCCUGCACCUGGAGAGGAGAGGAUGAUGAGCUCAGAGACAUCAAGAAGUAUGUGGUGAGGACAAGGGUGUCAGAAAAAAAAAUCAUGGCUGGGCCUUUCAGCUCUGGAUAUCAAGACUUGCAGUUGGCACAUGUGAGAAUUCUGUGUAAACUGCUAACCACAUGUAGGUUAACAUCCAAGGCCACCACUCAUGUAAUCUCCAAAACAUCAUCAAAAAAGGUCAUGAUACCUACUACCUCCUUCAGAGAUGUUAGUUCCCUUCUUUUACCUUAACAUUUCUCCUCAUAUAAAGGCAAUUCCUGAUGCCCUAUUUUCCAAGCUUUGAAAUCAACUCCUCCAUUGACAGAGAUGGACCUCCUAAUUUUUUAGAUCCCUCCUGCAGAAGCCUUAGAAGAUGUAAAAUUUUCCUUACACACUUAUAUGCUAAAGGACUAUCAAUAGACAAGAAUUCACUGUGAAAAUCACAGAACAGGUGUAAAGAUGAAGCAACACCCUGGACCACAAAGUCCAAGAAGGGAAGAAGAGACUGCUUACUCGGAUGUGCACAUACGAAUGCAACAAAUCAGGGACCAUGAAGAAUCAAGUAACGAUAUGAUGAAAAUAAAUAAAUCUCUAAUAGUCUAGAGGAAUAGACAUCUAUGAACUGUCCUACAAAGAAUUCAAAAUAAUCCUCUUAAAAUAGUUUUUUGAAAACAAGAACACAAAGACAAACAACUAUAUGAAAUUCGGGGUAAAAAUGUAUGAACAAAAUGAGAAGUUCACCAAAGAAAUAGAAACCAUCAAAAUAAAUAGAAACUAGAGCUGAAGGUUACAGUGACUGUACAGAAGAAUACGAUAGAGAUCUUCGCAACAAAUUCUAGCAAGCAGAAGAAAGAAUCAGAGAACUAAAAGAUAGUCAUUUGGAAUUAUCCUGUCACAGAAGUGAAAAGAAAAAUAUUUAAAAGAGUGAAGAAACACUUUGAAACAUUAUCAAUAGAAAUAAUAGUGAAUUACAGGGGCCCCAAAGGAGAAGAGAGAAAGAGACAGAAAGCAUAUUUUAAACAAAAGGGUUGAAAACUUAACAAAACAUGGAAAGAGAGAUGGACAUCCAGAUUUGAGUCUCAAAGGAUCCCAAAUAGGUUGAACCUCCAAUGGCUACAGCAAAUUGCAUCCCAAGUAAAUUGUCUAUGGUCAAAGACAUAGGUAAGUUUGAAAGCAGCAAGAGAAUCAUGAGUCAUCACAUGCAAGUCAGCCCCAUGAAACUUAAGAUGGAUUUCUCAGUAGAAACUUUGCAGUCCAGGAGAGAGAGAGAGAAUGUAUUCAAAUAUAGAAGAAAAAAACCUUUCAAACAAAAAUAUGGUACCCAGCAAACCUGUUCUUCAGAAAUGAAGGAGACAUUGAAAACAUACGAAAACCAAUAAAGCUGAAAGAGUAUUACCAGAAGACUUGCUGUACAAGAAAUGCUGCAGGAAUUUCUUCAAGCAGAAAUAAAUGGAUAAUAAUUAGCAUUGUGAAAACAUAAGAAGUUUGUCAAACUCUUCCAAAGAAAUGAAGAGGAGGGAACACUCCCAAAGUCAUUUACAAGGCCAUCACUAUCCUGAAUCCAAAGCCAGAAAAGGGCAUUACAAGAAAAGAAAACUACAGACCAAUAUCCCCGGUGAAUAUAAUGGAAAAUUUCCCCCCAAAAUACUAGUGAACCAAGUUGAGCAGCACCAUUAAAAGGAUCAUGCACCAUGACCAAGUGGGAUUCUCUGAAAUGCAAGGAUAGUUUGACAUGCACAAAACAAUAAAUGUGAUACCUCACAUUAAUAGAUUGAAAGAAAAAAAUCGUAUGUUCAUCUCAAUAGGUGCAGAAAAAGCAUUUGACAAAAUUCAAGAUCCGUUGAUGAAUAUGGACAUGAGCCAUUAAUUCCCUAAUGUGAGCAUUCACACAGCUUUUGUGAUAUUAUUCAGUAUCUAGGGCAACCUUGAAAAUAAUCUGUUCACUUAGGAUUCUGUGUCUAACUGAACUGUUAUUCAAGAGUAAGCAAAAAAACAGAUAUUUUUAGAUGUACGGAACCUAAGUUUAACAUCAUCGCAACCUUGUUGCUGAAAAACCCACUGACUAUUGAGAAUAACUGUAUAUUGAAAAUCACAGGGACGAUCACCAAUUUGGAGAGUUUUUCUCUUGAAAAGGAUGGAGAGCAUGAAAUAGGUUGGUUAGGAAGAGUCUCAGAGGGUAGAACAGUCCCAAAUGAGUUUCAGCCUUGAAGCUGGGGAGACCUGGAUCCAUCAAAGGAGACUGAGCUCUCCUACACACGGGCCGGCAUCAGUAUCCUUGCUGAGCUCAGCUCUUGGCUGGCAGCAGGUACUUGCCUCUGUUUGAAUGAGGGGGUGGAUUGUGGUGGUGGAUGGUGGACCCAGAGCACCCUCCUCUUCAAUUAUACUCCCUACUGUCAGAAAUCUGAGUGGUGCCUUUUCAAGGCACCCACUAUGUAAAUGGACUUGACCUACCAGUUAAAGACAGAGUUACCAGAUUGUUUAUAAUUCUAGGUGUAUACUUCUAAAAGGAAGCACAUCUAAUACAUAAGAACAAUAAAGAGUGGACUGUAAAAGAAUGGAUAGUGAUAUGCCAGAGAUGCUGGGAAAACCAAAAGAAGGCUAGAGUCUUCAAAAACAAUGACAAAAAUAGCAUUAGGGCUAAAGAGGGCAAGUUCCUAAUGACAAAGUUUCAUGUUUUAGAAAGCUACAAAACUGUUAAACUGGAAUGCACUUAACAAAAGGAAAAUUAUAACUGAUAAGGAGAAUAUGCCAAAUCCACUGUUAUUCUGAGAAAAUUUGAACAAUUAUCAGUCAAGGCAAUAUAUUACUUAAACUGUAGAAGAUUUGAAUAAUACAAUAAACUUGGUAUAAUGGGACUGGAAAGAAUCUUCCACUCAGUCAUGUGUCAAAAUAAGUCCCCAUAAAAGUAAAAGAAAUAAAAGUAAAAGACCAUGUUCUCUGAUCACAAUACAAUUCGUUUGGAAAUCAAUGACAAAAAAAUUUUGAAAAAAUGCAUACAAUUGAAAAUGUAAAAUCAGACAUGUAAAUAAUUAUGGAUCAAAGGAUAAAUCAAAACUAAAAUUAAAAUAUCAGAUGAUAAUAAUUGUUACCUAUGAAAACACGAGAUACAGUGAAAGAAAAACUUAUGAUAUUUGAGGCUCAAAAGUUUCAUAUUACAGAAAAACAGGUAAAAAUUAAUGAGCUAAUAAUCCAACUAAACCUAUUAGAAAAAGAAUUGUAAAAUACUCAAAGAAAAUGAAAGAGAGAAGAUGUGGAAGAAAGAAAAAGUAAAUUAAAUAGAAAAUCAAAAUUCAAUAGGGAGUAAUAACAAAACCAAUUAUUUGAAAAGUUUACAAAUAUAGAUACUACACUAAUGGAACUGAUCAAAAACAAGACAGAGUUUCCCAACCUCUUUUUUAAAUGAACAUCCCAGGAGCUUUUUAAAACAUUUUUUUCUGACAGCCGUGCUCUCUCAUGAAGUUUAGUACCACAGAUCUACUGUUUAUCACUUUGUGUGCUGUGCCUCAUACUCAAAAGAGUAAGACAAAUUUUCACCCCCUUGGGACAAUAUCCUCCCUGUUCUGAAUGCAUGCAAUAAGAAAAGAUACAAUUAAGUUAUAAUAGGAAUUAUAAAGAAGGUAUAACUAAGGACAGCAGAACCAUAAAAAUCGAACGUAUUCUGCAAACUUUAUACCAACGUACGUGAAUAGAUGUUCAUAUUCCAAGAAAAAUGUGAUACUUGAAAUGACUGAUAAAAGAAAUAGAAGCACUAAAAAUCCAGUGUGUUAGUCUGCUCGGGCUGCCAUAACAAACUAUCACAGGACUAGGGGAAUUAAACAGCAGAAUUCAUUUUCCCCACAGUUCUGGAGGCUGGAAGUCUAAGGUCAAGGCGUCAGCAGGGUUGGUUUCUGAUGAGGCCUCUCUUCCUGGAUUGCAGAUGGCCGCCUUCCCUCUGUGUCCCCAACUGCCUUUCCACUGUGACUGUGUGGAAUGAUAGCUAUGGGGACUCUUCCUCUUCUGAUGAGGACACCAAACCUAUAGGAUUAGGGCCCAACCCUUAUGACUUCAUUUAACCAUAAUCACCUCCUAAAGGCCCCACAUCCAAAUGCAGUCACAUUAAGGAUAAGGGCUCAAUAUAUGAAUUUGGGGAGAGGGGCAUAAUUCAGUCCAUCGUAUUUAGUAAAUAUAAAUAAAUUGUACCAGUAGUUUAAAGACUUCCUUCAAAGAAAACACCAGGUAUAGGGGAUACUAUACCAAAUAUUCAAGAAGCAGAUUAUUGUGAUCAUGUUCAAAGUCUUUCCAAAGAGAACAUAAAACACUUCCAGGUAUAUUUUAUGAGGCUAAUAUUACCUAGUAUCAAAUUCAGAUAAGAACAGCACAAAAAUAGAAAAUUACAGGCCAGUUCCUCUCAUGAUCAUAGGCAAAAAAAAAAAAAAAACCUAAACUAAUACCAAACAAAUCCAGUGGUACUUUAAAAAUUAUCAUGACCAAUGUGGGUCUGGUUAUAACAUGUCAAUAUUGGUUUCAUACUAGCAGAUUACUAUAGAGAAAUAUAUAUUUCUCACAAAAUAUACAGGAAAAAAAUUAGAUAAAAUUCAACACUCAUUCUUGAUUUCUAACACACCAAAAAUAGUAGUGAUGUGCCCGUAUCUGAUAAAGGAUUUCAACCAACAGGUUUCAAUAAAUACCACUCUUAAUGGUGAUGUGUUAGAAGCAUUCUCUUUAAAAUCAAGAAUGCCUCCAUCACAGCUCUAGUCAACACUUCACUAGAAAAAUAAUCAGAACAAUGUUUUUGGGGGGACAAGGGUUGGGUUUUUUUAUUAUUUAUAGUAACCCAAAUUAUAUUCAAUACCUUAUAUAACCUGUAAUGGAACAAAAUCUUAAAAAAUAUAUAACUGAUUUGCUUUGAUGUAUACCUGAAACUAACAAUAUUGUAAAUCAAUAUACUUCAAUUAAAAAGAUAUUAAACUAGUAGGGCGGUGGGUGGGAAGGGACAGACUGGGGUUUCAAAAUUUGUAGACACUGACAGGCAUAUGCAGAAUAGAUAAACAAGAUUAUACUGUACAGUACAGGGAAAUAUCUACAAGGUCUUGUGGUAGCUAACAGCAAAAAAAAAAUGUGACAAUGAAUAUAUGUAUGUUCAUGUAUAACUGAAAAAUUGUGCUCUACACUGGAAUUUGACACAACAUUGUAAAAUGACUACAGCUUAAUAAAAAAUGUUAAAAAAAAAGGAAGAAAAAAAAUAAGAAACUAAUAGGAAAAUAUAUAAAGAUGU